UGGAUAGCCCAAGCGCCUCUCAUUAAACCUCCAUACCGGUACAUUUUGAGUUUUUACACAAAUAAUAAUUAGGUUUGUACCUGUAUUUUCAAAAUUUUCCUUAUUAGUUCCAUGACUCUUUAUAUUAUAUGUGUGUGUUCUCAUUGUCCUAAGAGGCAGAGAGUUAAGAACAAGGCGUGCUUUGCGCUUUUGAGGAAGAGAGAGAAAGAGAGUAUAAUUAAAACUCUUUCACAGAGAAGAGUUUGGUAGGGCUUGUUAAUGGCGAUUUGAUCGAAGGUUUGGCUGCAAUAAAUUUGAGAGUUUGAGGGUAUAUUGCAUUGGGUCUGGUCUUUCUUUGCUUUAUAUAUCCAACUAUAAGCCAAAGAGAGAGAGAUAGCGGUAUUUCUGGGGGAAGAAAUUUGCUUUGCUUUGUUCUUGGAAUAAGUGGUGGUUUCAGUCAGAGAAUAUCUGGGUCGUUGUUAUUUAAAGGAGGAACUACACAGUGUUUAAGAAAGCGGUUCUUUAAGGCCUUGGUACUUCCAAGGUUUUGGUUUUUUGCUCUGGUUUUAAGGUUUUUUUGUGUUUCUCUGGUAAUUUGAAAGACGAGAAUGGUUGAGAUGGACUGGCCCUCUUCUUUGAAUGAAUACGAAAAGCUUGUGAUUCGGAUGAACGCUCCUAGGGUCGUGAUCGACAAUGCCGUUCGCCCCACUGCGACUCUUGUCACGGUUGAUAGUGCUAGAAGGCAUGGAAUUUUACUUGAGGCCGUGCAAGUUCUCACGGAUCUGAACCUUUCCAUCAAAAAGGCUUACAUAUCUUCAGAUGGAAGAUGGUUAAUGGAUGCGACCUAAUUUCAAGCAAAAGAAUCUUUUCAAGUUCAGAAUGCAAAUACAGCUUUUGAGUGAGGAAUUUCAACAACCAUGCUUAAU